GUCGAGAGGGUAAGGAAGUGUUUCGGGAUAAAGCGAUGAUGUGACGGAGGACUGGAGGAAGAAGUGAGAAUCUCAGAAGUCUGGAAGAUCCACGCAUCAGAGGACAGGAUGUUUAGGCCGGUGUUGAUGUGUCUGGUGCUCUGCAUCGUCUAUGGCAACAGCAAACCAGCAGAGAAGAAGUCUCGCAUCCACCCGGAUGAACGUCUCAGCAAACUUGAACAUGACGAUGACAAAAACUUUGACUAUGACCACGAGGCCUUUUUAGGUGAAGAUGAAGCGAAGACCUUUGACACUCUAGCCCCAGAGGAGAGCCGGCGCAGACUAGGAAUUAUCGUGACUAAGAUCGACUCUAACUCGGAUGGCUACAUCUCGGAGGAGGAGAUGAAGACCUGGAUCCAGAAUGCUCAGAAAAAGCACAUCUUCGAGAGCGUGGAUAACCAAUGGCACGAGUACGACAUGAAUAAGGAUGGACGGAUCAGCUGGGACGAGUACAAAAACGUCACCUAUGGUAGCUACUUGGAGGACCCACACACAAGCGAUGGUUAUGAUUACAACCGCAUGAUGGCGCGAGACGAACGGCGCUUCAAGGUGGCUGACAAGAACGGCGAUGGGAAGGCAGACAGAGAGGAGUUCGCCGCCUUCCUCUUCCCAGAAGAGAAUGAGCACAUGAAGGACAUCGUGGUGCAGGAAACAAUGGAAGACAUUGAUAAGAACGGCGAUGGCUUCAUCGAUCUGAAUGAGUACAUUGGUGACAUGUUCCAACCUGAAUCAGAUAAAGAGCCAGAGCCUGAAUGGGUGGCAUCUGAGCGAAAACAGUUUGCAGAAUUCCGAGACAAAAAUCACGAUGGGAAGAUGGACCGAGAGGAAACCCUGGACUGGAUCUUGCCAAAGGACUACGACCACGCUGAGGCAGAGGCCAAGCAUCUGUUGCAUGAGGCCGAUCAAAACGGGGAUGGAAAGCUCUCCUCUUCUGAAGUUGUGGAAAAGUACGACUUGUUUGUCGGAAGUCAAGUUACAAACUUUGGGGAGGCAUUAAUGAAACAUGACGAAUUUUAAAGACAAAUAGCAAAAUUUGGUUUCAUCAGAGACAUCAUUGGAUAAAAUUAUUUAUGUAUUUUUUGUGAAAUUAACGGUAAAUUAUGACCAAAGUCUUGAAGCAACUUUUGCAGUUUAAGGUUCUUUAUCAACUAAGGUGACAGUUUUUUUUUAAAUUCUAAUGUCCUUUUGGCUUGCUUGUAAACUGAACAAUAUAUUUUUCAUACAUUGUUUUUUUUUACUUCAUGUUACAGAGAAAAUUGGAAACUUUUAUUUAAAUAAAAGGAGAAAAAGAACCCC